GGUUCAGCAGUGACUCUCCAGCUGCUGAGCGGAGUGGAGCGCACAGACGAGGGAACACACCAAACUCUGUCCUCUCCCAAACUCUCUUUACUUCAGCGUUCAUGAGAGAGAGUGUCUGGACGGAGGACACGGAAACAUGGCGGGACAGCGCUGUUCUUUAUCUUUACGAGGAGCUUUAUCGAUCUUUUUCCUCGCGGUGCUGCAGGAGUCCGGGACCGCCGGUAUGCUCUUUCUUUUCCCCAUGAGACAGCUCUGCAAGUUCUGUGAUUUGGAGCCCUCGUCCUGCAGCGGUACGGGGACCUGCAUCACCAACUGCUCCAUUACAUCCAUCUGUGGGGGCAUUAAUGAGGUCUGUGUGGCGAUCUGGAGGGAGAACGAGACAGGCUUCACCAUUGAGACUCUCUGUCACGACCCGGCCAGGUCUCUGUACGGCGUCAUGCUGGAUGACUAUAACAGCUCCACGUGUGUGAUGAAGGAGAAGAACACCACGACUGGGAUGGCUCACAUCUGCUCCUGUACGAAAGAUGAAGAGUGUAACGAUGUGCUGUUAUUCCCCCCUAUUGUAGAUCCAACUGAAGAGGUCCCGUUGGUGUCCGUGACUCUGGUGAGCCUGCUGCCCCUGGUGGUGAUGGGGAUCGUCGUCGUGGGUAUGUACUUCUGGUACCGAGCUUAUCGGCGACGCAUGCACAGUCGAGAAUGGGAGAGCGGCAUCAAAAAGCGCAAGACGAAACCUGGACUGGACUGCAGCGACGCCUGCGCCAUCAUGAUGGACGACAACAGGUCUGACAGCAGCUCGACGCACGCCAACAACCUGAACCACAACACCGAGCCUCUGCCGAUUGAGCUGGAUCUGCUGGUGGGAAAGGGUCGCUUCGCUCAGGUGUACAAGGCCAAACUGAAGCAAACCACCUCGGAUCAGUUUGAAACGGUGGCUGUGAAGAUCUUCCCGUAUGAGGAGUACGCUUCAUGGAAGAAUGAGAAGGACAUCUUCUCCAACUCUGACCUCAAACACGAGAACGUCCUCCACUUCCUCACAGCUGAGGAGAGGAAGGUGGAGAAGCAGUACUGGCUCAUCACAGCGUUCCACUCCAGAGGAAACCUGCAGGAGCACCUGACGCGCAACGUGAUCAGCUGGGAGGAGCUGCAUGUGCUGGGCAGCUCUCUGGCCCGGGGUGUCGCCCAUCUCCACAGUGACCGCCUCCCCUGUGGACGCCCGAAGGUUGCCAUCGUCCACCGAGACCUGAAAAGCUCCAACAUCCUGGUGAAGACUGACCUGACGUGCUGCCUGUGUGACUUCGGGCUGGGACUGAGUCUGGACAGCAACCUGUCAGUGGACGACCUGGCCAACAGUGGACAGGUGGGUACGGCCCGUUACAUGGCUCCAGAGGUGCUGGAGGCCCGACUGAACCUGGAGAACAUGGAGUCCUUCAAACAGACCGACAUUUACUCGAUGGCCCUCGUGCUUUGGGAGAUAACGUCCAGGUGUGAAGCCAUUGGAGAGGUAAAGGACUACGAGCCAGCGUACGGCUCUAAAGUACGAGAGCACCCCUGUGUGGAGAGCAUGAAGGACAACGUGCUGAGAGACAGAGGCAGACCUGAGAUCCUCGACAGCUGGCUCACGCAUCAGGGUAUUGCAGUGAUCUGUGCCACCAUCACAGAAUGCUGGGACCAUGACCCUGAGGCCCGACUCACCGCCCACUGCGUCGCUGAACGAAUAGCAGAGUUGGAGGAGGAGAUGGACAAACUGUCCAACCGCAGCUCCUCAGAGGAGAAGAUCCCCGAGGAGCAGAAGCUCCCGAUAGAGGUGGAGAUCCCUGAGAUGGUGAAAAUCACAGAGAUACAGGACAUCAUAGCCGUGGAGUGUUCUGUCAGUGACGAGAAGUGAGACUCACAUGGACUCAUGGGGAGAUUUUUCAACUUUCAACAAGGGCACUUAUUCUGCUUCCUGAAAAGAGAAAUCUCAGCAGAGCUUCUCAGGAGCUGAGCUCCUGAACCCCAGGACUUUGAGUGGGUUACAUUAUCUUUCUGUAUUUUCACCCAGCUAAGAUGGGCUUUUGGUUCCGCUCGUGAACUUAAUCACUUCUAAUAUGUAUAAAAUUUGCCUUAAUCAGCUGAAAAGCUAAAGAGCCAAAUAGAAAAAACAAGUUAACUGGAAGCUUCCAAAGACGUGCGAGGAGACGUGUUUUUAAGAGUGUGCAGACAGGCUUCUGUGUCAUGAUGAGAAUAUAAACAGGGCAAUAACCAAAGACAUUGAUGUGCACUUUACGCUUUGAUACUCAAGCAUUACAAGUGUUGUUUUUAUAUUGUCAUGUACUCUAACAUUUUGGAGUUAAGAGGUGUCUCUGCCUUAAAGUGUCCUUAUGUUCGACUUCGAGCCAGCAGAGAUCUCGUUUGUGUUAAUGAUGCAGUGGGCUCAAUCCCCAGCAGGAUCCAAAGGAAACUGUGUGUGUGUGUGUGUGUGUGUGUGUGUGUGUGUGUGUGUGUGUGUGUGUGUGUGUGUGUGUGCGUGUGCGUGUGUGUGUGUGUGUGUGUGUGAAUUUGUGUAGGUGUGAAUUUGUGUAGGUGUGACAGUUUGUAUACUCGUGUUCAGACUGAGAGCAUUGCAGAUUUUUUAUGGGGCAUGGAGAAGACAUGAAUGGAUGUGAGUGGACACCAGUGGCAGCCCUGAGAAUCUCCAGACAUCUCCAGACACUGAGCAGAGACGAUCAGUUUGAUUUAAAAAGAAGUGUUUCAUAUGACGUCUGCCUCUUGCAGACAGCUGAUGACUCAAGACUUGAAAUCUGCAUCAUGAUGUAGUGAGGCUUGCAUUUUUCAUCUGCAAAACUUGUCUUUAUUUGGCUCAUGCAGCUGAAAUAAGCCAGAUUCUUGCAGACAUGAUACAAUGAAAUAUCCACCUAUGGGAGACAGACGCCUUCCACAGCAAGAAGUCAAUGUCCGUUAGAAAUCCUGGUACCAAGCCUAGACUGACCCAAACACAGGUCUUCAAACUGCUCAGGCUGAAGUUUCUUAAGGUUGCAAUAAAAAGUGAGAUGAGUCCUGACCGACUGUGAGGCCAAAACGAACACGAAUGAUUGUGCGGUAAAAUUCACACGGGUAACGUAAGGCAAUGCUUCCUUUUUGGUCUGAAAAUAGCUAACAGUGUUUUUUAAUAACCCAGCUUUACUCCAACCUUGUUUGCCAGAUACGCAAGCACAAUGUAUAUAAAUACAAUAAGUGUACAUAAGAGACAAAGCAGCCAUAAAGGGAAAGCAAUGCUAAUACUUAUCUUUGAACGCGGCGACUGAGCUUUCACAGAGAUGUAUUUUUAAACCGUUUUGUAUGUUUUCUGUCUAUAUCAACAGGAGUGUGCCAAAGAUAUUUUAUCCUGCCUUAUAGCAACAGUAUGUGUCAUAUGUAAAAUAGUGUAAAUCUUUUAUGAAUUAAAGAUAUUUCUGUAUUCUGA